AUGCUGCUUCUGCCCGGCUGGGUGCUUCUCUGGGCGCUGCUGGGCGCGGGAGAAGGGGCGCAGCAGCCCCCCGCAGCAGGCCUUCUCCUCGAGUUGUCCUUGGGGAAGUUCAGGAAUUUCUUGUUGAAUGAAAGUGUCCCAGCUGAAGCUGUCCUGAAGAACAUCGCCGGCAACGUGACCGUCAUCCUCUUUCAGAUGCACGCCCACCACCAAAAUGUGACCAUUUCCUUCGACAAGGAACUAGCAACUCCUAACAACUCAGGAACUGGAAUAGACAAAGGAUUAAUUUCGGUGCUUCGACCUGAACAAACUGUGUGCACCUGGUAUUUGCGAGCUGUGGGUUCGAAUCAGGUGUUGAGCGCAGCGGUUUCUUUACCAUACACUGAAAAAGAUCCAAUACCUGGUGGAUGCAACUUGGAAUUUGAUUUGGAAACAGACCCCAACCUUUAUCUAGAAUAUAACGUGGCUGAGACACACAUUAAAUUUGCUCCAGCAAAUCUGGGGUACGCAAGAGGCUCAAACCCACCAUCAUGUGAUUCGGGAACAAGUCUGGAUUCCAGGUGGAGACUCUAUUAUGAUGUCUAUCAGUAUUUUCUCCCUGAGAACGAUUUAUCUGAAGCCACCUUUGUGAGUCACAUGAAAAGAAUGUCUGAAGCUCAAAGUAUCCGGGCUCAUGGAUCUAAAAUGAUGACGUUAACCAGUCAAGGUAAAACUGAGCUGUACUUCUCUUCGCUUCCUGGACAAGGCGUGAUCUACAAUGUCAUUGUGAGAGAUCCUAAGUGGAACACUUCAGCUGCAUAUGUGCCUGUUCACACAUAUGCCUGUAGCUUCUCUGCCUUGGUGAAUAACUGCUACACCUUUAGAAGGUUGUCCACUAAAAUAUUUUUCACCACGUUGGCUCUUCUUGGUCUCUUUAUCUGUUUCUUCGGACACAGAUUCUGGAAAACAGGUUUAUUCUUUAGCGGCUUCAUCUUCACGUCUUUCUUUUUCUACAUUGUCAUUACGAAAACAUCUGCUCUCAGCUAUGAUGUCAAUCUUGGUCUUACUGCAACAGCCGGUAUCAUUGGAGGCCUCCUCUUAAUAGGAAGCUGGUGGCGAUUUGGUCUUGUGAUCCCGUGUAUGCUAAUUGUAGGAGUAGUGUUGGGGUUUCUUGUGUCCUCUUCGUUUUUCUUCACUCCAAUAGGAGACUACAGAAUUUUUCAAGACGAUGCUGUUUACUGGGUCUCUUUCUGUUGUGUCGCCUUGGUGAUUCCAGUAAUUUUUGUCUGCUGCCCCAGAGUUCUCAACAUUUUGACAUGCGGCUUUGUUGGUUCCUACACGGUAGUGUUGGCUACAGCAUGUUACAUCUACACCAGCCUCUCUUACAUUGGCAUAGAUCUACUCUGGAGGAUUCUGAACGAAGACUUCAAGAGAGCUUACACCAGUGUGCCCUUCCAACCUAAUGAUAUUAUCCUCCUGUCCGUUUGGAGUAUGCUAGCCAUCGGAGGAAUAACCAUUCAGUUGCGCCGAGAAAGACACGAGGCUCCUUUCCCACCACACCCGUAUCGGAUGUGGAAGCGUGAGAGAGAGCGCAGGGUCACCAACAUCUUGGAUCCGAGCCAUCACGUCCCUCCCUUGAGAGAGAGGAUCCACAAUAAGCUGUCCCAGAUCAAGGAUGUCUUUCAGAAAGAGCAGACGGCAGGCGAAAGAACACCGCUACUCUUUUAAACUGAUUCACGGAUGGAAAGACUUGAGAAGCGUGGAUGGACAUUUUUGGGAUGGGGCACGGAAGCCAAGGACUUUCUCGGUGGCCUUUUCCACGUCCGCCGAACUGGAGAAGAAUCCACAGUUGUCCAAGACAAAUCUACUCGUAUUUGUUUUCAAGCGCCCAGGAACGUUUUGUCUGUAAUUUUAAUCUUUGAUAGAAAAAUGUGUAAAGUUAUUGGGGCAGGAAGGGUAGAAUAGAAAGGUAGAUGAAUCAGCGGAGUGUGCAACUUUAAAACCUCGGAGCCCUAAGACAGAAAAUGGUAAUUUCAGAUUCAUGGACCCUCAACAGUCCAAAAAAGGCAUCCCCCUUUUAGGGGAAAUUUACCUUCUGAACAGGAUGUGCAAAAUGUUGGGGG